AUGCAAUAUGUGGAAGAAUUAGAGCAACUGAAGAUCAGAAUGUUGGAUGAGCUAAGCAAACUAAGUGAGGAUUCUUUGAGCGAUAAUGCUUCAGAAAAUGACAGUCAGGAUAUAAACGCGGAGUGUACUAAGCUUGUAAUGCAAUUUGAGUCUAAACUUAGAUCAGCUAUUGUUGUAAUAAACCAAAGUAAUAAAACUAUCAAACUUACCUACAUUCAAAGUCGGUCGUUAGACACGUUAGAUACAUUGAAAGUUGUAGGAGAUCUACAGCAAUGUAAAAAUGAAACUUGCGGAUUGAUUCAAGAUAUUAUUAUGUUAACUAAUUGGAAUUAUGAAUAUAAGGAGAGAAUGAGGAAAAUGAUAAAGGCUAACUAUUAUCAAAAAUUAAAUGAAAUGGAUCAAUUGAGAAAUGAGGCCAUUAAUGCUCACACUGAAUCAAAGAUAUCAACCGAGAAACAUCGUGAUACACCUACAGUGGACGUUCAGGGAACAUCUACAAAAGCUCAAGUAUUAACCCAAACAAAGAAGUUAAGUAAUAACUUGAUUAAAGGUAAUCAAAUUUUGCAAUCUAGUAUUUUACAAAGUAGUUUGAAUCUAGAUGAACUUAAACAACAGACCAGCUCUUUACAGACAGUAGACGACAAAUACGAUCAAUUUCAACUGGUAGUGAACAAGACUUCAUCACUAGUAAAAUCAUUAGAAAAGGCUUCUAACCAAGAAAAGAGAGAUGUAUACCUAGCAUUGUUUUUCUUAAUUGCAUGUAUAUCAUGGGUUGUUUGGAGGCGUAUAUUGAAAAUGCCAGUGAAACUAUUCCUAUGGAUGUGUUUCAAAUUCUUUAAGAGCAUUUUGGUGGCUAUUGGGAUGGUUCAAUCAACUAUUAGCACAACUACUACAAUGAAACGGGAAGAUAUAACGAGUAGCCACUCAUCCAUCAUAAAGGAGGCAACGCAAUCGCUCGAGCAAUUUGUAGAUGAGGCCAUGGAUAGAAUACUUUCUUCACAUGACGAGUUAUAA